AUGGAUACCACCUCGAUCUCGCCGCGCCAUAUCCAGGACCAUGGCGAAGCGAAUACGACUCUGGAACUCCACUGGGGUUAUCCUUCUCGGGUCUUGCCUUGUAUGAAGGACCGCGGGACAUGCGAGUAUUUGGAUGCUGUCUACUGGAUGCAUGAUGUCUCUAUGCUGUACACUUUCAUUCUAUGGGGUGUCUUACUUGGGAUCGCUGUCAUGGUGGUCUGGACGAGAGGGUGGCGGAUGGGUGGGUCGAGAAACGGAGGACUAGUUGGAGGGGUCUGUGAGAAGUUGGCACGAUGGAGACAGAGGUGGCUAUUGCAAGAUCCACCCGCCCGCUGGCUGUUCGGCAGGACUUCGAGGCUGCAAGUCUUGAUUCUUGUCAUCCUCCUGGCUUAUCUGCUCAUAUUCUCUCUCGUAGGCAUCACCUACCGCACCUGGCUCACCCCGAUCAAAUCCUCCACUCGGCACAACACCCGCACAGGUCUUGGCGGCCUCUCCGACCGCAUCGGUGCUCUGGCCUUCGCUCUCACGCCUUUCACUGUCUUGCUCAGCAUGCGCGAGAGCCUGCUCUCUGUAAUGACGGGCAUACCAUACACGCACUUUAACUUCCUCCAUCGUUGGACUGGACGUAUCAUCUUCGUUCAAGCUGCUCUUCAUACUAUCGGAUGGACCAUUGUGGAAGGGAAAUUGUACCAGCCGCAGCCGAGUGUGUACCGAGAGUUCAUUAGACAGAUGUACAUGGUCUUUGGAUGUGUGGCUAUGUUCUUGCUUACGCUUAUGGUGGUGCUUAGUACCAAGACGGCGAUCAGGUGGUUUGGGUACGAGUUCUUCAAGGUCACGCACUGGGUGUUGGCUAUUUUCUAUCUUGGCGCGUGCUGGGGGCAUUGGGACAAGCUUUGGUGCUGGGUUGUAGCUAGCUUGGUGUUGGUGGUUGUGGAUAAGGUGGCGAGGGUGGCGAGGACGAUGUUGAUUCAUUAUCGCGAGGGCAAGGGUCGAGAUCUCGGCUUCCACUGCGCUCAAGCUCACGUCAGGCUACUCGGUACACCCAAUGAUCUCGUAGUACGUCUGGAUUUCGACUACGAGCACUCGCCUUGGCUUGCCGGACAGCACUUUCAUUUGACCUUUCCGAGCCUUAGUAUCUGGCAGAGUCAUCCCUUCACGCCUUCUUCUCAACCCGGACCGAACGCUAAAAUCCAGCAUCACACGUAUCUUCUCAGAGUCCGCAAGGGUAUCACGGCUCGUCUUGCCUCUCUUGGAGAUAACGCCACGGUUCCUGUAAUCCUAUGUGGACCGUAUGGACAAGCGUUUCCCAGCUAUAAAGCUCAGAACGUUUUGGCUGUUGCUGGUGGUACGGGUGUGACCUUCACUCUACCGGUUGUCCUUGAGGCUGUUAAGCAGCAGCUGAGACCACGCUUCGCGAUCGAGUUCGUGUGGAUCGUCAGGCGGGCACAGGAUUUACGAUGGCUGGGGUCUGAGCUGGCGGAGCUCAAGUCGAGGAUGAGUGAGGCCCAGAAUCUGCGGGUCCGCAUCUUUGUCACACGGGAAAGUGGUGAGGUAGCCGAGCUCGCCCCUGAUGGGACGGGGAAAGAGCUCGAAUCCGAAGACGAUGGCUCUUUAAGUGAUAAGAGCUUACGCACUCUGCUCACUCCUUCGACACAUUUCUCCAUCGGCUUCUUGGAUGGCCGGCAUCCCUCGAUGCCAGAAAUUGUGCACGAUUUCGUGGAGCGGGCUAGCUCUGUUGGUGGUACGAUAGAGAUUCUGAGUAGUGGACCGGAGGAAAUGGGCUCGGAUCUUAGAAGUGCUGUUGCUAGCGUGGAGAGUAGAGACGAUGUGGGCUUUUAUUGGGACUCACGAGGAUGA